AUGACUGACAUUGAUACAGUAAAGGACUUUUUGCGAUCGCCUGGCAAAAUUGAUCAUGCUGACUUAAUCAAUGCUUUGGAGCUCAUGAAUUUAUCGCUUGACGGGCUCAAGCUAUUCUUGCAGCCAUACCAAUUUCCAGAGUUUUUCGCGCUUUUUGGAACUUAUGAAGACGCGGUUACUUCGGCUGCCUGUAAAGUUCUCAAUAAACUUUUGCAGCCCAUGAGCUAUGUUGAUAUUAAUUCAUCGGGACUUCAGGAAUAUUUGAUCCUAGGUUUGCAGCAUGAAUUUCCCGAAGUUCGAAUUCUGACGCUAAAUCAAAUUGAAAAAUGUCAGUAUUCAGAAGAAGCGAUUCAAGAUUUGGUUAAAUCGCCUCUAUUUCCUGUUAUGUUGGAGUGUUUGGGGUCUGACGAUAUACCGACAUCAACUAGGAUAUUGGAAAUUCUUGUCAAAAUUAUUACGGCUAGUUCUUAUUCUUUACAGGCUUUCUUCGAUCCUGAAUCAAUAGCCGUUCUAGAUAAACUUUCCAAAGGUGACGGAGUUGUAAAAUUUCGUGUGUUUGAUCUGAUUGCUCGGAUCUCACUAUCUUCACCAGAAGCAUUUCAAUUAUGCGAAUCAUCUGGUUCCCUCGAAGCGAUAACAUCUGAAUUAAAAUCUGAUGAUUUAUUGAUAAAAUUAAAUGCAAUAGAGACUCUAUCAAAGAUUAUUCAAAGUCAAAUUGGUUAUUCCUUUUUUGAAAAGGCUGGAAUUCUACAAUUCCUUAUUGAUAUUUUAUCAAAGGAUGACGAUCUAGACAUUACGCUAGUUUUAGUGAAAUGUGCUGUACUCAAAUUUUUUGGGAAAUUAUGUGAAGUAGAGGAGAUAGAAUUCUCUGAAGUGGAAGGUAAAUUCAAAAUUUUGAGGCAAAUUGAUGCACACUUGUUGAGUGAUAAUAUGGAUCUCAAAAUUACUUCAAUCCAUAUUAUUGGAGUGAUAGGCCAUAAAGAACGAGGUCUGAAGCUCUUGUACUCGAGUGCGUCACCUAAUUUGCUAGGAGAUUUUAUGGAUCUUUAUCACAGUUCGUCAAGUGAUGUGAAGUUGGCAUGUUUACAGACAAUAUCGUGCUUACUAGGCGUAAGUGAAAGACCGACUCAAGAACUGUCUGAUAUUUCUGAGCAAAUCUAUCGCCAAAUGGGAGGUAACCCAACACCCAUCAUGUCUUUAGUCUCAAAUGUUAAACAUGGAAUUGAAGAAUUACGUAUGUGCAGUUUUGCAAUUUUACAAAAAGUGGCUUUGCAUCCAUGGGGUAAAACUGAAAUGACAAACAGUCACGAAUUCAUUGAUUAUAUAAUUGAUCGUUCUACUGAGUCCACUUACAAGGGAAAGGAAUGGAAAUUUGCCAUUAUUCAAACGUUGUACGAAUCACCGGAUGCUGAAACUCUUAUUGCACCUAACAUUCUGGAAAAGUUUAGGCAAUAUUUACAUGAGGGUCCUUUCUACGUAAAGAGUAAAACUGCUGUUGCAUUAGGAAAUGCAUAA